ACAAAACCUUUUUUCUAUCUCUUUUUUUUUCUCUCUUGCCGAAGAAAUGGUUUUACCAGCCAACAGAUUUCUCUAGGGUUUUCGAAAUUCUGAAUUGAUCAACACUCUGUAUAGCUUCAAACGGAAUAAAGAUCAUUUUUUUGAACAGCAAUUCACUCUAUUCGGUUCAACAUUGCUUCGUUUUUGUAGGGUUUGAAGAGUCAAAGACAGUUCUUUUCCAUAGUAAUUGUGUGAAUAAACUUCACGCAAUAACCAGGGCGUUUAGUGUUGCUCCAUUUGCUGGUUGAAUCUGAGGGAGACAAUAAAGUUUGCCUUUUGUGGUCUGCCAAAGUUGUAGGCAAAUGGAAUGUAAUAAAGAUGAAGCUGUCAGGGCCAAAGAAAUUGCUGAGCAGAAAUUAACUGAGAAGGACAUUGCUGGAGCUCAAAAAUUUGCUUUGAAGGCUCAAAAUCUGUUUCCAGGCCUUGAUGGUCUUUCUCAGUUCCUGGAAGUGGUCAAUGUGUAUGUUGCUCAUGAGAAGAAGAUUGAUGGUGAAGUGGACUUUUACAGUGUCCUUUCUGUAGAGCCCUCAGCUGAUGAAGAAACUAUAAGGAAACACUAUAGAAGGCUUGCUCUAGCUCUUCACCCUGAUAAAAAUCAUUCUGUUGGGGCAGAUGGGGCGUUUAAGAUUAUUUCUGAAGCAUGGAGUUUAUUGUCUGAUAGAACCAAAAGAAGGAUGUAUGACAGUAAGCAUGCUUUGAGGAAUGCAUCCAUGCAAGUCAACCAGCAUGGAUUUCGUAAUUUCUCCAUGAGCCCAGCAAGUGCAAGAAACUCAACCAACGCCAAUUUCCAGUCCGCUCCGGUGGUUCCCCAGCCAUCAAAGGUUGAGUCAUUCUGGACAUCUUGUAAUCUAUGCCAGAUACGGUAUGAAUAUUUAAAGAUUCACCGAAAUAGAAAUAUUAUGUGCCCCAAAUGUCACCAGCCUUUUUGUGCAAGGGAGGUAGGUGCUCCUGUGAAAGAUCAGGUUUCAUCUUUUCCAUGGUCUUCCCACCUGCAGCAGCAGGGUGCAAACCUUGCUGCUAAUGAAUCUUCUGCUUCAGGUGUGAAGCUCCCUACAACUUCAAAUUCAGCACAAACUUCUGCCACUACAGUUAAGCAAGCUGCACACCCCGGCCAGCCAGCUGGUGGAAUCUCAAAGAGAGCUCAUGCAGAAGCGGCUUCAAGUGCACCGAACCCAGCUUUUCUGAAGAAAAGGAAUCCAUUCUUGAAAACUGAUGCAGGUUUUGUUCCUGAUUCAGUUUCCACUUGUUCAAAAGCUGACAGGAUAAUAAAAAAGCGACGCACAGCUGAGUUGAAGUCUAAAUUUCAAGGUACAGGAAUGAUAAAUGAUGCAGCUGCAAAAGGUGGAUCUAGCCAAGGAAACAUACAUGGAAAUGAGAAUGGCGUUUUGAGAACUCAGAGGGUUGCCGCUGUGGGAAGUAACAAACCUAGGAGUUCAAUGGAGUUAUCCAAUUUAGAAAUUCGCAAUAUGCUGAUGAAAAAGGCAAGGAUGGAGAUCAACAAGAAGCUUAAAGAAUGGAGCACAACUGCUGCUUCUCGAACUUCAUCUAGGAAGGAAAAAGAAGUAGAAAUGAAAAAGCAAAAUAUCAAAAAUGAUCUGAGAAGGAAUAAAGUUGCCCAUGAUGUUGUGAUGGAUUCCAAAAUAUUACGCGAGCAGGAAAAUUUGCCUGUCUUUAGUGCUCCUACUGACUUGGAAUCAGAAGUUAAGUCAAUGACUGUUCCGGAUCCGGACUUCCAUAAUUUUGACAAGGAUAGAACAGAACAAUCUUUUGAUGAUAAACAAGUCUGGGCUGCUUAUGAUAAUGAUGAUGGCAUGACACGUUAUUAUGCUUUGAUUCACAAAGUGAUAUCUAGAAAGCCAUUUAAAGUGCAAUUGAGCUGGUUGAACUCCAAAAACACCUCUGAACUCGGCCCAAUUAAUUGGGUUGGUUCUGGCUUCCUCAAGACCUGUGGAAAUUUCAGGAUAGGCAAGCAUGAAGUCAACAAGACGCUCAAUUCUUUCUCCCACAAGGUCAAGUGGGUGAAAGGAGCGGGAGGUGUCAUCCAAAUUUUCCCCAGAAAGGGGGAUGUUUGGGCUCUGUACAGGCAUUGGUCUCCUCAAUGGAAUGAGCUAACUCCAGAUGAUAUGAUACGCAACUAUGAUAUGGUGGAAGUGCUUGGCGACUACACUGAGAAGGAAGGUGUCACAGUUGCUCCAUUAGUCAAAGUAGCUGGCUUUAUGUCAGUAUUCCGUCAGCAUUUGGACCCUAAAUAUCUUCUCCAUAUUCCAAGGGAAGAGAUGUUUCGCUUCUCUCAUCAGGUCCCUUCAUAUUUGCUCACAGACCAAGAAGCUCCAAAUGCUCCCACUGGUUGCUGGGAGUUGGAUCCUGCAGCCCUGCCCUCAGAACUUCUUAGAGUCAUGACAGACGCUGAAAUAGAGGCUCGUGGAAAAGUUGCAGAUACUUCCAAGUUGGAAAGGACACGUGGUGAAAGCAAAGAGAAGGAGAAGUCUUAUGUGGUUGGCGACAACAGUGUGACAAAGGGCAAAGAGACUCCCAGAGAUUCCUUGAGUGUUGUCAAACAACCCAUAGUGACAUAUUCAAGAAAAAAGAAGGAGAAGGCAGAAGCACCUACCAUUGAAGCCAAGAGAGAAACAAGUUCGGUUGCUGCUAAAGGCUUCUAGCCAAUGAUCAAGUAAUUUUGGUGCUUUCAGUAGUUUCAGCUCGAACCCCCUUGUUUGAUUGCUAAUGAUAGAGUAGUAUAGAUAAUGAAGACAAUGAAUCCAGCACCAAUUGAACAUUUGGCCUUGAUUUUUUGUGCUUCUAUAGGUUUACCAGAUCAAGAAAGAGCUAUACUGUAAAAAAACCUGAAUCAUACUGUAUAUUUCAAGUUUUUUCUCAAGUAAC